AUGUUUGGUCCAUUAGAGCACUUUUGGUUCAAGCUAUUCAAAAUCACGUUGCUUCUUAAAGAUCUUUAUAGUAAGACUCGAUUGAGAAAAACACUACUUGUUGUUCAAAUUCUUAUCGUAAGUCUCUUGUUUUUACUUGAUGCGUUUUUCUUUCAUGGUAUAUUUCACUCAUUGACUUUGAAUCCAGUGCGAAAAUAUCGUAUUGCUCACUGCAUAACGGGCGCCCCUCGUACUCUUUAUAGAGAAGAAGUAUACGUGGCUUAUCAACGGCAAGCCCUUAACAAACUUCCCGGUGAUUUAUUCAUUGUCCUUCAGAUGACGUCCAAAACGGAAAUGGUUCACGGAACGUUGAUUAAAUCUAGCCCACCAAGAAGCUAUGCUAAUGCUCUGAAGUAUCUGUCCCCCCGCAAGAUUGAAUGGAUUUCAGUGAAUAAUCAUUUAGGAGCUGUAAAAGAUACCAGUGGAUAUGCUAAGUGGAAACGUUGCUUAGAUCAUAUUGAAGAGGCCGAAAAAAUAGACGGACUUAAGUACGAUUUUAUUGUCCGAAGUCGCCCGGAUCUGUAUAUUGCUAAAGAUUUACCAUCCGCAGAUAUUCUACCUAAGGACCGAGUACUUAUCAAUCCAUAUUAUGAGUGCUUACAACACAUACCUUCGGGAUACAAUCAACGCUGGACUGAUAUACAGCCACCUUGUGAUAAAAAGAACUAUGGUUUAUCAGAUCUAUUUGCUAUACUACCACGAGGAUUGGCAGCUCCCUAUAUGCGUGUUGCGUACACGUCAAAUCUACCGAAACACAUUUGUGGCUCUAGCGCCAUCUAUCAGGAGUGUUUGAUAAGGGCUGUAUUAUAUAAACAGAAUAUUACGUUUGAGCUGUGGCCUUUUGUUGUUAAAAUCAUGCGGUCUGCUGAUUUUUGUCGUCAUAAUAGUUGGAAUCGUUUUAAUAGCUGGUGUUAA